CAGGGAUGGGGGCCUGGCCUGGGGGAGUGGGUAUAAAAGCCACAGCCUCGCAGCGACCGGCCAGAGGCCCGUGGCUCUUGUCUUGCCGGGAUGGCUGCCCUCCGUCUCCUGCUCCUCUGCCUGGCGGGACUGGCGUUCGCGGCGGAGGCCGGGCCUGCGGGCACUGGCGAGUCCAAGUGUCCCCUGAUGGUCAAGGUCCUGGAUGCUGUCCGAGGCAGCCCUGCUGUCAACGUGGCCGUGAAGGUGUUCAAGAGGACUGCCGACGGGGCCUGGGAGCCCUUCGCCGAGGGGAAAACCAGUGACUUUGGAGAGCUCCAUGGGCUCACCACCGCGGAGAAGUUCGUGGAAGGGGUAUACAGAGUGGAGUUAGACACCAAAGCCUACUGGAAGGAGCUGGGCAUCACCCCGUUCCAUGAAUAUGCGGAGGUGGUGUUCACGGCCAACGACUCGGGCCCGCGGCGCUACACGAUCGCGGCGCUGCUGAGCCCCUACUCCUACUCCACCACCGCCCUGGUGGGCGCCCCCUAGGACGGAGCCCCGGAGGCCCCGUGCCACUUCCUACGCUGUGCUAGGAGCCCAGGCAGAGGCAAUAAACGUUCUUAUGAAAGCACUUCUCCUCCGGUGG